UAAAAGCACAUUUAAUCGUUUUAUGCAGAAUAUUACGAACUAGUAGAUCGUUUAAGCAGUUAAUUAACGUUAGUUAAGGUUCCUGUGUGUACUCUUGCUGUUUACUAGCGCUAGCAUAGUUAGCUACUUUCAAAACUUUCUCAUGCAGAUGAAUAACCUGCAUUUUAAAAACGAGUUUUUCUUUCUGUGUUAGUAUCGUACACAUUUAAUUAAGCUAGAUGUGUCCUCAUGUGCUAGCUGGACGACUUGGUUAGUCCCGUAUAUGGAGGUGUAAUGAGACAAAGCAGCUGGGUUAAAAGCUAAUAUUUCAGCAGAAUAGUUCAUCUGUGGGCCAGUGCGGUUAUAGAAUAUCCUCUUUACACGUAUUAAAGACAAGAAAAGAUCAAUUUACUGUACAUGAUGCUUUGUUUUUUAAUAAAAUUGUCACUGGUCUUGAUUUAACUGUUUUAUAGUGUUAUGGUAGGGUUUCUAGCCUAGAUGACAAUACAUGAUGCGAUGUGGUAUGGAAAAUUGUAAACUCUUGUACUGUCAACAUGAGCCGAAGACCAAGCAGCAGAUAUUCUGAGAUGCCAAUGCGCGUGACAGACAGCAGGAUGAGUAUGGCGAAUGCCACUCCACAGAGCAACAAUGUAUUUGGCAAGCUGAACAUCCCAAAGCCUCAGUCUAGCACCUCAGAGAGGAGGACCAGCUUUUUUGGGAAAGGAGCUGGUACAGGGGCAGGUGGGCAGAGAAACAGCAUGUUUGGGGCUUAUGGAGGUCCAGAGAAGAUGAAGGACCCCCGACCGCUUCAUGACAAAGCCUUUGUUCAGCAGUGUAUCAAGCAGCUUUGUGAGUUCCUUGGAGAUAACGGAUUCCCGGCUACAAUCACGGUUAAAUCUCUCCAGUCACCUUCCACCAAAGAGUUCCUGAAGAUCUUUGAGUUUAUCUACAGUUUGUUGGACCCCACCUUUCAGAUGCCCACAACCAAGGUUGAAGAGGAAAUCCCUAGGAUGUUGAGAGAUUUGGGGUACCCAUUUCCACUAUCAAAAAGCUCCAUGUACUCCAUCGGGGCUCCACAUACGUGGCCUCAGGCUCUGGGCGCACUCAUCUGGCUCAUUGACACAGUUAGGAGCUUUAACAGUAUGAAAGGUCAGGACAUGCUGUUUGGAGAUUUCUCAGAUGGCUUCACUGAGCUGGAGGAUGGAAUGGAGUACAACAAGCUCUUUUUAGAAUACUGCUCUAAGACUUACAAUAAGUUUAUGCAAGGAGCAGAUACCUUUGAGGAUGAGGACACAGACUACCUCAGUCAUCUGAAGAGGCUGUAUAAUGUUGAUGAGGCUCUACUGGAUUCACAACUGGAGAAACAUAGACUGUUGAUGUCUGAGGUGGAAAGGCUUGAGAAAGAAAGUCAUACUGAUCGGUUAAUGGGACAAAGGACUGAGAAACUUAAGUUACAGACUGACCUACAAAAGCUGCAGAGCUACCGUACUCACAUGGAGUCUUUUAAAACCCACCAGCAAAAUAAGGCUACAGCACUGUCUGAUGAGCUGGAGGCUGCAAAUCUUCAACUAGAGAGUCUAAAGAGGGAGCAGGCUAGGCUCCAGCACAUUCUGGAGAAUCAGAAGUUCACUCCAGCCGAUAUUGAGCGCAUCAACAGAGAAAGGAAUGAGCUACAGCAGAAUGUGAACACCCUGAGCCGCAGUCUUGAGGAGGCCCAGCAACUGGCCUGGAAUGAGGAAAUCACCUUGGCCAAAACUAAGGAGAGGGCUGAGGUAAAGUUGGCAGAGUACCACAAACUGGCACGAAUGCUAAAGCUCAUCCCCCAGUCUGCUGAGAAUGCUUGUGGCCAUGACUUUGAGAUCAAAACAGUCAGCGACUAUGGCCCAAGCACUGCCACACAAAUCAGGACUCAGAUACAGAAUCCUCUUAAAAACAUGCUGGUGGAUGUAGAGGAGGAGUUCAGCAAUAUGACUAAUAUGAAGCUGAGCCUUGAAGAGACAGUGGAACAGAUAAAGUCCAACAUUUCUGAGAAGUUAAAUGACAUGAAGCAGCUAAAGGAGCAGAUUCGCAGACUGGAUGAGCAGAUGGAACGUGAUAUGCAGGAUAUGGCUCUUGAUGAAGAAAAGUGGUCAGCGGAUGUGGAUUCUGCUGAAAGUCACAAGAAGCUUCUAGAAAAGAAAGUCAUGGAUGGACACGAGGUGGCUGAAGAGCAGCUAAAAGCAGCUCAACAACAGUACCAUCUUGUUCUUCAGGAAACCAAAGAAGAAAGUCGCAUGGUGGCAAACAAUCUGACAAAUGUUAUCAGUGCUGCAGUCAGCCACUUGGCUAUAGUUGAGAAACACUGUGGCGACCAAGUUAAAAAGAUGGAUAAGAUGAAUGAAAUUAUCCGUGAAGACCAAGCAGAUCUUCAGCAGCUGAAGGAAAUGGUUGAAAAUUUUGUUGCUAGAGCAAAUGGCCUUCAAUAACUGAAUUGGAAACAAAUUUGUAAAUAGUUUUGUAUUAAUAGUUUGUGUUAUUGUUAAAGGAAAAUAUUGUAUGUUUGCCUUGAAAAACAGUGUAUGUAUUUCUUUUUUUUAAAUACAAUGUCCUCUGUUAAAAAUAAAAUAAACAUGUUGCUCUAAUUAUUAGAA